AUGGCACCACCUUUCCUUUCUCCCUACAACUUUCUAGGUGCAACACUCCUUCUCCAAGCUGUCCUCAAUGCUGACCUUCUCAUUGCUGCCACCAUGGAAGAAAAUGGCUCCAGUCUCAUCCCACAGUGGCGGCUGACUCUGCAGAAAGAAUUUGGCAUUAGCUUAAGACACUCCCUGCAACUUCUCUGCAAAAUACAGAGUCUUUCACGUCGCUACCUCUCUGAACGUCUGCCUGGAGUCCAGCCCACUUCUGUACAAAGCUCAGGGAAGCUUCCCUCAGUCAGCAUUGAUCUCCGCACGUGGCUUUCUCUUCCAGAUGCCAAGCGCCUGACCUACAUGUCCAAGAUGCUGCCAUUUUAUCAGGAUUUGGCACAACAGCUGAGGGACCACGAGGCCACCAAAGAAGACUCUAAAUUCCUAUCUAACUUUGAAGACGUCAGUCUUUCCCUCCGAGACCUGAACCAUCACGUGAGUUAUCAGAUUUUGCUUUGGGCCCUGCCGAUUGAAAAUGAGCCUGAGCCAACACUCAAGCCCCUUCGAAUUCUUCAGCACCGGAGUUGGUGGAGGAAUCGCCAGGAAAUGUAUGUCAUCUUGCGCUCCCUCAACAGUUUCCUGUGCCGUGUCACAAGGGAAUUCUCAGUGCUGAGGACUCGGGUGGUUAAAGACACUUCCUUUUCCAAGGCUUCCAAAUCUCCACCGCUCCCAGCCUAG